AUUAAAUCCCAACGGGAGGGGGAGCACUCGCGGCUCUCGUGCCUCGCGGGUGAAGCGCCUCAUCACCGGAGGACAGGGCGCUGUUAUGAGCUGAAGACAUCCGGCUGUGUUAUGAUGGUUUGUGAGCAGCCGGGAGGCGAGACAUGUGCGGCAGAAGGACCGCUUCUCUUGUCGCCUGAAAGGAUAUUUUCGAUGAAGACGGAGGCCCGAAGAAGGAGACGCAACAUGUUUGAAGCUGCGGGGAUCCCUCUCAUCGGGCUGGACGUGAUCUGUCUCAUCCUCGUUGGACUUCCAUUUUUUAUCCUCACCCCUCAACACAACCCUUUCAAACGGGGUUUCUUCUGUAACGAUGAGUCCAUCAGAUAUCCCCUCAAAGAGGACACCAUAUCCUACCAGCUGCUGGGAGGAGUCAUGAUCCCCUUCACACUGAUCGUGAUCGUCUGUGGCGAGUGCCUUUCUGUUUACAUGUCUCGCAUCAAGAACCAGUCUUUGGGGACCAGGUAUGUGGCGUGCGUCUACAAAGCAGUGGGGAGCUACGUGUUCGGAGCGGCCGCCAGCCAGUCCCUGACGGACAUCGCCAAGUACUCCAUCGGCCGCCUGCGGCCAAACUUCCUUGCUGUAUGCAAACCGGCGUGGAAUAGCAUCAACUGCAAAGCUGGCGGAUACAUGGAGAACUUCACCUGUACUGGGGACAAGUUUCUGGUGGAUGAGGCCAGACUGUCCUUCUACUCUGGUCAUUCAUCCUUCUCGAUGUACUGCAUGCUGUUCCUUGUACUGUACAUUCAAGCGAGACUGAGGUCCGAAUGGUCGAGGCUCCUGCGUCCCACCAUCCAGUUCUUCCUGACCGCCACUGCAGUGUACGUGGGUCUGUCCCGCGUGUCCGACUACAAACAUCACUGGAGCGACGUGCUCACUGGCCUCCUGCAAGGAGGUUUAGUGGCCACUCUCACAGUGUUCUGCGUGUCCAAUUUCUUUGAACAACCAGUGGAUCCCGUAGUGUCACAGGAGGAAGAGGCCUCGCACACCAGUUUACAGGAAAAUCCUCCCAAUGGGAACCACUAUGGCAGCACGGAGUGAACCGGAGGCCUCAAAGACAAUACUCUACAGGGCCUGCGUACCUUAAAAUGGUCGCGGAGGGCCUAAGAACGAUGAACUGCAAGUGUUUGAUAUUAACUGUACAUUUCUCCAACACAGUUUGCCCGGUGGAGCCCACGCAGGCUUCAGCUGCUUCAGCUACUUCCGUUGGUGCGCUCGGUAGACUUUGAUUAAAAGGAAGACGCGUGCACUACAGAAGACAGUUCUUGCACUUUACUGGGAUUUAAAGAAGCAGAGGUUUUGGGUAGAUCAAAUAUGAUAUGGUUUAUGGGAGGACAAAACUAAAUACAGUGUCGGCUUGUGUACAUUGGUCAGAUGUUGACCAUCGUGAAUGAAUGGAAUUCCUUUCGCCCCAAAUAUAAUGAGCGUCUUUGUGUGCACUGCAAGCAGGCUUGUAGAGGGCCUGGUGUCUGUGAAUGAGAAAACCUGGACUGUCCUUCAACUAUCGGAUGGAGACUGAACUCAGAAUUGAUGUUCUGCUACAUGCUGUUAUGUCCCUUCCCUGAUCUUAUUUCAUGUAUGAAAAUGUAGGAAGUUCCAUGUUUUUGUCAAACAGUAUUGUUUGGAUAAGUACUGGGGAAAAGAUGUGUGACAAAUAAAGAGAAGCUCUGUUUUGCUACUUUGCUACAAAGAAGGGAAAGGA